CCUCCACACAUCCAUCAUCAUCACCAUCACCAUCAUCAAUUCCCCUCCAUCUAUCUCAAUCCGGUCCGUCAUUGACUCUCACCCUACCCAAACUGAUGGCCGAGACAACCAUCGACGACGGUAACAUGCGCCCGCCAUGACGUCACUCGGACACACGAGACGCGGUGCCAGUUGCGCAUUCCAGCCAGCCAGCGCCGCCGUUGAUGCUCUUCAUCAUCAUGGAUCACUUCCUCAGCCAUUGCCAUCCGGUGACGUCAGUUUCACCACCAUGAACCUAUCCAUCGGCAUCCCGACCGCGAUCGCGCAGUUGUUUCCCCAUCUCGACCCAUUUUCCUCCCCCGCAGACCUUCCUCCUUGGUGCAGCUGGGCCUAGGGUGACAAUUUCAGCACAAUGGUAUCCUUCAAGUUUAGAAGAGGCGAUGAUGCCGACAGAAACGGCGAACAGAGGGAGCAUGAGGAGGAUCGGCGGCCCGAAGAGCCAGAUGAGCGUACACGACUCCUGCCGCGCGAACCCCCUGCCUAUUUGAGCCCAGAUGAUCCCGCCGUCUCUCCCUACAACCUCUGGGGAAUCCGAGCCCUACGGGCCCUCUCCUCCAUCUUUCUUGCCCUCAGCUUCAUUUGGUGGACCUUCCUGCUCGUCUCCCUCUUCGUAAGCCCGCCGAUGAUGCAUUCCCGCGGAUCUGGCUUCUUUGGCUUCGCCUACACCACUCUGACGGCUGGAUACCUCCUACUGGGGAUCCUCUUCUUCGCCGUCCCCUCCAAACCCAUGAGAGUGUCCGGCUUCGUCAUUGCAGUCUUCCUUUGCGUCGACAUGGUCCUUACCCUGGCCGUUCCUCGUAUUCGUCUCGAAGAAGGUUGGGUGGGAAUCGCCUCUGUGGUUUGGGCAACCUUCAUUUCCCUGUACACCAUCGUCCAGAACCAGUCCGUAGCAUGGGGUAAGCGAGAGGAAGAGGAACGCCUGACGGGUCGUCCGGAAACCCGCCGUCCCCUUCGCGAAUGGAUCGCCGUCCUCAUUCAGACCGUCUUCCUGGUGAUCUUCGCUAUCAUUGCCAUCCUGUUCACCGCCACCCUCAUCCUCCGCGCCCGUGAUGCCUCUCUACCAAACCCUGGCAAGAGAUACCUCGUCAACGGCGACAGCUACCAAGUCCACCUCGCCUGCGUCGGCAACACCACCCACAGCCUUGGCGGUAACACCCCCACAAUCCUCAUUGAGGGCGGAGAAGGGCCCGUCGAACACACCCUUCAGCCCUUCAUCGACGAUGCAUACCAAUCCGGCGUCAUCCCCCGAUACUGCUACUGGGACCGUCCCGGCUUCGGCUGGUCCGACAACGCUCCCUCCCCAUUCUCCGCUGGCAUGGGGGCAGAUGCCCUCUCCGAGGCGCUCGCUCUAGCUGGCGAAGAAGGUCCCUGGGUUCUAGUCUCCUCCGGCAUCGGCGGCCUCUACAGCCGCAUCUUCGCCAGCCGCCACCUCCUCGAGAUUUCCGGAAUCCUUCUUAUCGACACCCUCCACGAAGACUAUCUCAGCAAUAUUGGCUCCUCCGGCCGCGGCUUUACCCUCUGGCUUCGCGGCGUCUUCUCUCCACUAGGAUUGGAUCGUCUCGCGGGCGCGCUCUUCAAGGGACGCACGCGUGAAGACCGUGUUUAUGGACGCAGCUCCUACCAAACGGGCAAAACAAUCAAGGCAAAGCUGCAGGAGAAUCUAGUGGCAGAGUCGAUGACCUCCUCGGAAGUCCAGACCGCUCGACACAUUCAGAUGCCGGAUACGCCGGUCGUGGUGGUGAGCUCGGGAAUGGAGGUCAAAAGGAGCCAGAAGUGGGCAAAGAAACAGGAAGAACUGACCAAGAUCACGCAAAACCUCAAGGACUGGGAUAUUGUCGAUGGAGCACCGCAUGAAGUUUGGCGGGCCGUGGAGGGGAGAAGAGUCAUCGAGAAGAGGUUGGCUGAGUUGAUUGGGAAGGAGUAGCUCCCUUAUUACGCCCUUACGUUCUGUUUUCUAUCUAUUUUCUCUAUUCAUGUUAUUUUCUCCAUCUAUCUGACUAUUCAUUCCUCCGGCCCUUUGCUCCUCUUCUCGUCCUCUAUGUACCAGCUUCUGAUAUCACAUUUCUCAACAUGUCCAGCCACUCAGCUCAUGAUCUACUUGCUCCCGUGCAUGAGAUUGACGAUACGAUACAUGCAUAAGCUCAGUGUUAAGUUCAUGAUAAUGUACAACUUGAUCAUUAUUCAUAUCCAUUUGUUCGCGUCACGUAUGUAUCAUUAUUACCUUAUAUUCUAAUUGAAAUUAAAAUAGCUACCCAAG